AUCGGCUACCUCGCCGGCAAGAACGACAAGCGAAUGGGGGGUUCUGGCGGCGUCGACCAGUCCUACUUUGCAGGCGUCUGGCAGAGCAAGAUCCUGCUGCGCUCGAUGGCGGCGCGGGAGGAGGCGGGCGCGUAUUCCUACUGCACCACCCUCUUCUACGCGGUGGCCAUGGAGUUUCACUGCGUGAUCAUCCCCGCCUAUAUUCCCUUCAUCUGCCCCGCGCUCGUCAUGUUCCAGUACGAGGCCGCGCUGCACAACAUCGCAAAGUUCUACAUCAUGCUCGACGUCAUCCUCAAGUUUGGGACCAACGGCCUCUUCUUCGCCUGGUUCCUCUUCUGCUUCAACGAGGGCCAGAUAAGCGUGACGAGAAAGUACGUCGCAGGCCCGAGGGCGGCGGCGGAAUGGCGGAGCAUGAAGUUCGUCUACACGUGGGUGUCGCUGAUCGGGACCUACCUGAUGAUCUUUAGCGUCAAGACCUACUUCACCAUCCUCUACCUCUGGUUCAUCCCGCUCUUCAUCACCAUCUUCGCCUUCUUCGGGCACGCGCUGCCCUACCUGAUGCACGGCGCCGCCGCCUGCCCGCCGCACACGGGGCCGGCCGUCGAGCUGGUCGGCAUCGCCACCACCCUCAUCUUCCUCGCCGGCUUCCUCGUGGCGCGCGGCUGCUGGCUCUUCCCGUGCCUCUGCGCGCCCGAGGUGCCGGGGUGGCUCUUCUUCCCGCCGCACGACCCGCCCGACAACCCGCUGCAGGGCGACGUCGACUGGGACGCCUUCCAAAUCUUUCUCCGCCACAUGUGGCGCGGCUUCCCUGCGGCCGAAGACUGCGUCUGGGAGCCACCGACUUGGGACUUCUCGGUGCACAGAGGCGCUCACCUUCCGCCGAAGGGCAGCAAGGGUUGACUUAUACGUACCGUGCACUCUAUUAGCGGAGAGGGAGUUCCGGAGAGACGUUCAGAGAGAAAGAGAGAGCAGAAAAGGCGCAAUACAGGGGCAGUGGAAGGAUUAGAGAGAGACGUUCUAAAGAGAACGAUAGAAA